ACGUUAUAAAAAUCUUUUGUGGCAAAAAUAAUUCAUAAAACUUGCAUAGGUCAUAAAUAAUGAUGUAUAUGUACUAGCCCAUACAUUUUUGGAAAAGUUAUGGCUUAAGGACUGCUAUGUAAACUGUUAUAGCUUUUUUGUAAUGCUAUGUAAACUGCCCGAGUUAACUGGGGGCGAAGAACUUAAGGGUUAAUUAAUAAGUAUCCAUAAUCUACUACUUGGGGGUUUAGCCUAAAUCUUCUCUUCCCCUUCGUAUAGGUAACAGAGUAAUCGAGCGGUAAGGGCAAUAUACUUAAGCUAAAUGUCCAAGAAAAAUCUGUAGUGGAGCCCUGGACUUUAGGAUCCGAGUGAUUUGUAUAUAUUACAGGAUAAUGACCGAUAAAUUCUAUAAAUUCUUUCGAUAAUCGCCAUCAAAUAUUUCUCGCUAUCAAUUUCCAUUUGCGCACCCGAUUAAGGAUCUAUAAUUGAAGUUAUUCGAAACAUUCUAAUACAUUCUGUUACUGUGUUCAUUUAAAUGAAAUGCAACUUUUUUUUUAAUUCCAAUAAUGCCCACAGAUUAAAUUAUAUUCAUUGAAAAACAAAAAAUGUAACUUCAAACUAAGGUUAUUUUAAAAUUUAGCGUUGGAAAAAAGUCGAAGAAUCCGGAAGAAGGUGAGACCAGAAUAUCCAGACUAUUCUUGCAUCUUUCAACCUGUCGACGCUCCCUGCACCACGGGUUCAAGCGAAAGCGAAGAGAGUUGCGAUACGAAAUCAAAAGAAAAUAUUUCUGUUACAAAAGAAAACGUAUCUUCGUCAGCUUGGACAGAUGCAGACAUACAGAAUUUGACGAAAGCGAUGAACAAAUAUCCUGGCGGAACUACUUUAAGAUGGGAAAAGAUUGCUCAGAUGCUCAGUAGGAGCGUCGAAGACGUGACCACCUUUGCUAAACGGUUGAAAACGUCGACGAUCGUCACGCACGCGCACCAUUCUCUUCAAGGCGUGACCGGUUUAGAAGAAGCGACGCUACCUCAGUCGUUCGGAAAUAUAACGUUCGACGGUAAACAAGAGGAAGAAAAACCGCCGAAACGGAAAAAUGCCAAGGAAUCUACGAAUGCCACGAAGCAGAGUUGCGAUAAAGAAAUAGAUAACUGGACUCAGCAACAACAGAAAUCUCUAGAACUAGCCCUUCAGCAAUUUCCGAAAGGCACGGAAGAAAGAUGGGAGAAAAUAGCAGAAAACGUGAUCGGUAAAUCAAAGGAAGAAUGCAUGCUGCGGUACAAACAUUUAGUCGAAUUAGUAAAGAGAAAGAAAAGUUCGACGACUUCGUGAUUUUUUGCGAAAAUUAGAAUUUUAAAAUUAUUUUUCUAGAGAAAAAUGAAAGAAAAUAAAAUAAAUUAUGGAGAAUUCGUCUUAUUUAAUUAGGAUUUUUAUAUUAGAGGAAA